AUGCCGUCAAGUCUGAGCUCCGGCAGUCCUUCGGCAGCUCUGCAGGAGGCUCUGGAGAGCUCCGGUCGUCUUAUUGACAAACAUUUGCAAGAAGACCGCUGCUUCCCCGACCUGUCGGAGCUGCUGAAUGUUCCCUCACACAAUAUGCCCUCAAUCUCCGGGGUGUCAGACAUGGACUACCCGCUGCAAGGACCUGGACUCAUUAGUGUACCAAGCCUCCCUGAGCUCAGCGCAGUCCGACGAGUCCCUCUACCUCCGGAGCUCGUGGAGCAGUUUAGCCAUAUGCAGUGCAAUUGCAUGAUGGGUGUUUUCCCCGAGAUAUCAAGAGCCUGGCUUACAAUUGACAAUGAUAUCUUCAUGUGGAAUUAUGAGGAUGGAGGGGAUGUGGCAUAUUUUGAUGGUCUUAGCGAAACCAUCCUGUCCGUGGGACUGGUCAAACCAAAGCCGGGCAUCUUCCAACCUCACAUCCACUUUCUCUUAGUGCUGGCCACCCCUGUGGACGUGGUUAUCCUAGGACUCAGCUUCCCAAAGGCUCAUACAGGUUUAAAUGACUCUAUGUCCGGAGCCAUGCAGCUCCUGUCUGACCCUCUAUACUCCAUUCCCACGGACAACACCUACAUGCUGGCCAUCACCUCCACGGACCAGGGCCGCAUCUUCCUGGCGGGAAAGGACGGCUGCCUGUACGAGAUCGCCUACCAGGCCGAGGCCGGCUGGUUCAGUCAGCGCUGUCGAAAGAUCAAUCACUCUAAAAGCAGCCUCUCCUUCCUCGUACCCUCUAUUCUGCAGUUCUCUUUUUCUGAAGACGAUCCAGUUGUCCAGAUUGCAAUUGACAAUUCGCGCAACACCCUGUACACUCGAUCUGAGAAGGGCGUCCUGCAGGUCUACGACCUGGGCGCAGACGGGCAGGGAAUGAGUCGCGUGGCCGCCAUGUCUCAGAAUUCCAUCGUGGCAGCGGCGGGAAAUAUCGCCAGGACCAUCGAUCGCUCUGUGUUUAAGCCUAUCGUUCAGAUAGCUGUAAUCGACCGCUCAGAAUCCUCAGACUGUCAGCUGUUGGCUGUCACUCAUGCCGGCGUGCGUCUGUACUUCAGCACGUCCCAAUUUACUCCACCGAACGCUAAGCACACCACCGCGCGGCCCAGCCUCCUGGCCCUGGUGCAUGUCCGUUUGCCUCCUGGGUUCUCUGCCUCCUCCACUCUGCAGAAACCUUCCAAAGUCCACAAAGCUCUGUACAGUAAAGGUGUGCUGUUGAUGGCGGCAUCUGAGACAGAGGACAGUGACAUUCUGUGGUGUAUUAACCACGACUCCUUCCCCUUUAAAAAGCCCCUUAUGGAGGCCCAGAUGACGGUUAAUGUGGACGGGCACUCAUGGGCACUUUGUGCCAUAGAAGACGCUAAAGCACCCAAAAUCCUCACCCCCCUCAAUAAGGAGCUUAUUCCUCUCACUGACUCUCCUGUGGUUGUGCAGCAGCAUAACACGCCACCUCAGAAGUUUGUCCUCCUCUCUGCCCAGGGAAGUCAUAUCUUCCACAAACUGCGUCCAGUGGAUCAGUUGCGCCAUCUGCUGGUGAGCAGUGGAGGUGGCGAGAGCGAGGAGAUUGAGCGUUUCUUCAAACUGCACAGGGAGGAGCAGGCGUGUGCCACGGCCCUGAUCCUGGCCUGCUCCACCGCAGUCUGCGACAGAGAGGUGUCUCUGUGGGCCACUCGGGCUUUCUUCAGGUACGGUGGUGAGGCACAGAUGCGCUUCCCCUCAGCUCUCACCGCAACCAGCACCGUCGGUCCCCUUCUGGGAUCCCCUGUGCCAGGCUCCCCAAUGGGUCUUGGUAGUCCUCUCCCCAACCCCAGCUUUCUAGCCACUCCAGCUCCAGGUAUGGUGCCCCCAAAUGUUUCCACUCCUUUCGUGCAAGCUACUCCCAUGUCCCCGGUCAGCGGCCCCAUCACGGCCAUGUCCUCUGGGCCGGAGGUUGUGUUCUCUGGCAAGCACAACGGGAUUGCCAUCUGCUUCACCCGCAUACUGGGUAACAUUUGGGAUGGGAGCCUUGUGGUAGAGAACACAAUUCCCAAAGGAAACCAGGCCGUCACAAUUAUGGAGAGCACUGCUAGUUCUUCAGAUCUGGAAGCCGUUCUAAUGGCGCUUCAGGGUCUCAGGGACUUCUUGGACAAGAACUCUCAGUUCAGCCCCAUGUCUCUGGGAACCGCCAAUUUGGGCACUCCAGCAAACCUGCAGCAAAGGCUCCUGGGAUUCAUGCGGCCAGACGGCGCCAGCUCUCAGCAGGUGCAGCAGGAGCUCCAGCGGAAGUACCACACUGAGGCCCAGGCCUAUGAGAAGGCGUCUCUACAGGGCAUGCAGCAGCUGGUGCACCGCUCUUAUCAGAUGCUGGCUCUCUGGAAACUCCUGUGUGAUCACCAGUUCAGUCUCAUCCUCUCCGAAUUACCCAAGGAGGUACAGGAGCAGCUGAAGAGCGUCAGCUUUAAGGACGUGGUGACCCGUGGUCGAGAACUGACGGGCGCACUCAUCACCGCCCUCAUCAAUGUCUACAUCAAAGACAGCGCCUCCGUCGACGGCAUCAGCAACCACCUGAGAGACAUCUGCCCGCUGCUGUACAGCAGUGACGACAGCACCUGCUCCAAGGCCAAUGAGCUGCUGCAGACGUCCAGACAGGUCCAGAAUAAGAACGAGAGGGAUCUUAUUCUUAAGGAGUCCUUACAUCUCUACCAGCAAAUCAGCCACCACACAGACCUGCCGCUCGUCUGUUCACAGUACCGACAAGUGCGUUUCUACGAGGGUAUCGUGGAGCUCUGCCUCACAGCUGCCGAUAAGAAAGACCCCCAGAGACUGGGCCCCCACUUCUACAAAAACGGAGAGCCAGAGGAGGACGCGGCCGGGCAGCAGGCUUUCCAGGAAAGGUUUUCCUGUUAUAAAUGCAUCACAGACACCAUGCAGGAGCUGGUGAAUCAGAGUAAAGCAGCCCCCCAGUCUCCCAGUGUUCCCAAACAGCCUGGACCUCCCGUCAUGUCCUCAGACCCCAACAUGCUGAGCAAUGAAGAUGCCGCCGCCCACUUUGAGCAAAUGAUCAGUCUUGCUCAGAGAUCUCAAGAUGAACUGUUUCACAUCGCUCUGUACAACUGGCUGAUUCAGGCAGAUCUCACAGAUAAACUAUUAGAGGUGAAUUCUCCCUACCUGGAAGACCACCUGAUGCACAUGAUAAAGCAAGACCAAAACAAAGUGCGGAACAUGGACCUGCUGUGGAGGUACUAUGAGAAGAACCGGAGCUUUGGCAAAGCAGCCCACGUUCUGGCCCGGCUGGCGGACAUGCACAGCACAGAGAUCUCUCUGAAACAGAGGCUGGAGUACAUCUCACGGGCCAUUCUCUCUGCCAAGAGUUCAUCCUCCGUGUCCUCUCUGGGGGCUGACGGGGAGUUCCUACACGAGCUAGAGGAGAAGAUGGAGGUGGUGCGAAUCCAGGUUCAGAUCCAGGAGACUUUGAUCCGGCAGUAUUCCCACCAUCCCUCUGUACAGAACGCCGUGUCACAGCUGGACUCGGAACUCAUGGACAUCACUAAGCUUUACGGGGAGUUUGCAGACCAUUUCCAGUUGUCUGAAUGCAAGCUUGCCAUCAUACACUGUGCCGGCCACUCGGAUCCCAUUCUGGUCCACUCCCUCUGGCAGGAGAUACUGGAGAAAGAGCUUAACGACAGCGUGGCCAUGAGUCCGGCGGAUCGGAUGAGAGCCCUGAGUCUGAAGCUGGUGUCCCUGGGCAAACUGUACGCAGGAACACCACGAUACUUCCCAUUAGAGUUCCUGGUGAAGUUUCUGGAGCAGGAGGUAUGUCGGCUGAACUGGGACGUCGGUUUUGUGACCUUCACCAUGCAGGAGAUCGGUGUGCAGCUGCCGCGCCUGCUGGAGGUGUACGAUCAGCUCUUUAAGACACGAGACCCCUGUUGGCAGCGUCUGAGGAAACCUCUCCACCUGGUGGAGUGCAUCCACGUUCUGCUCUCUGGUUAUGUAGACAACCCUGCUCAGGUGCCCACGUACGACAGGCGGAGGUUCACUAACGUGUGCUUGGACAACAUCUGUGGUUACCUGGUGGAGCUUCAGUCUCUGAGUCCCAACUCCGCUUUACAGCAAAUCAUCGGCAAUUUCAAAUCACUGCAGGCCAAGCUGGAGAAGCUGCACUGAGGAGGGCUGAGUGAUCGUACGCUCUGUUUAAUGAACGCCCGGGCCCAGUCGGGCUUUUGCCUCCUCCACGCGCAAUGAUAAAAACGUGACUGUCCGAACUCGGAGGACACGACAGGA